AUGAUGGCCAUUACGCAUUCUGCGAACCACAGACGGCAUUUUAAACGCCUCUUUUUAUUAUGCCGGUUGUAUGUCACUACCUUAAUUGCACUCUGUGCAAUCAUGAUUUUGGGCACGCUGCUGGUUAUCAGUCCCGGUUUAAAAGAAUUGAAGGAAGAUGUUUGGCCGGAGGUCUCCGAUGGUGCCUUUCCAGACAAUCUAAUAAAACGAGGCCCGGGUGGUGGGUAUUUGCUGCAAACCCGCCGUGGGAGAAAGGGACCACCGCUGCAACUUGAACACCUUCGCAGCUUUUGUUCCAAGUACGCCCCCGGACUGGAGAACGCCUGGUGGAAGCGUAAGAAUAUCGUAAAUUUUCCUAUUAGGAGCAACAAGAGCAAAGACAUUCGCCUGCCACCGUAUCCGAUUUUUCCAGGGCCGGUGUGUUUUUUGGGUGGAUCGUCGUACUUUGACGGAGAUGACUUGGAUCGGCGUCGCAACCUUGGCGGGGCAAGGGUUAAACUUUUCCCCUCAUGGAGGAGGUUGACCGACAAUGUGUUGAUGGAUAUGCAGAACAAUAGUUACAUCCGUAGUUUGACGUUUGUGCCCGCGAUUGCAAUUGUUUUUCUUAACGGUUUCUCCCUUGGUCAGAUGUAUCAUGUCCUCAAUGAUAUGGUGAAAGAAGUGAUGGUUAUCAUGACGGAGGUGGGGAAUGAAACAACCCUGUGGAAGUACAGUGAAUUGGGGAAAUCACCCACUCAAUUCUUCGCCCUCCCACGUGCGGAAUUAUUAUGGACGCGAGAAAACCUGGCAAGUGCGUUGCCGCAGACAACACAUUUUUUAGGUGCCUUUUCCCAUCCAACAGCACCCACACGUUACUUCUUUAACGACAUACCCGUUCUUAGUAGAGAUGCUGUCUACUGCACCUGUCAAGCCAUGUUUACCUGCGAGGUGCCGCCGGAUGAAACAUUUGAGCAAAAAACUGUUGCAUUUCGCCUUAUCGGUGAUCUUAUGGUGCGAUAUAUGAACGAGACACCGCACGAGUCCGCACAAGAAGUGUCUGAUGAUCUGGAAAAAAAACAAGUUGUACCCCUCUCCAUCCUGCGUCGAUUCAGUCAUGUUCCGCAAAUCGCAAAGCGUUUUUGGGAAACGGAGUUAAAAGUAAUGGCGAAGUACAAGAGUAGGGAACCAGGGGACAAAACGCAGGAACCUUUUGUUUACCGCCCGAGACUGCUCCUAAUUAACCGCAACUUUCGCGAGAUUCACGAUUACCAAGCCGUGGCCGCAUUAGCAGAAAGAGUUGGCUUUAACGUGCAGGUGGUAUAUUUUGAGAAGAUGCCACUGGAGGAUCAGGUCCAUGUUAGCCGCCACGCCGACGUCAUGAUGGGUAUGCACGGUAUGGGACUGACACACGUCCUUUGGAUGGACGGGCGCCGUCGGCCACGCUGCCGGGCGCUUUUGGAGUUGAUGCCUUUUGGUUGCCCAAGAACUCUGAUCCAUUUUUACAAGCUGUUUGCCGACACCGUUGGUAUUCACUACGAAUAUAUUGAAGCUGCCGAUAUGUAUCUUAAGGACAUGGGUGGCCUUCAUAAAUCGAAGGCACAACAAAGAGACCUUGAAGCAGUUAAGGCUGUUAUGCGUGCCUGCAAGUUCGACUAUAUGUAUCGAGGAUUUACCAAUCAAGUUGCCAUAUAUAACAUGUCUGUUUUGGAACAAAGACUGGUGGCAGCGUUGCAGCGACUAAAACAGUGUGGUGUGGCCUAA